AUGGGUGGUGCAGCAGAUUUCCCAGAGCGGGCUUCGUCGCCUCUGAAGCGCAGGGCAUCCAGCAUGGAUCCGGAGACGGCCGUAAAGGAGGAGGACAACGCCAGUGAAGACGUGGACAUGAUCACAGCACCGCCCGAGACCGCAUCAGAUACCCCCCCGGCUGCGGUUACCGAGGACUCUCAGUCAGAAAACGCUGUUCCACAGCCUCCAGAGUCUCUCGAGGCGCACAUCAAGUCGAUACGGACAUUUUGCGAGGAGUUUGAUUCACGGCCACUGGAAGAUGGGGAUGAGGCGUAUGUGGUGUCGAGAAAAUGGGUUGAGUCAGUUAUCGGCGGUUCAAGGGGUACAAAGAAGGACACAUUCCCAGAUCCGGCAUCUGUCCGACCAGUUGACAACUCAGACAUCAUUUGGGAAGUGCUCGACGACCCUUGUGUCGGCAAGACCGCCCCGGUAUUGACGAGGAAGUUCGUCCGACUGAAGCCUGGAAUCGGACUGGAGCAGUAUACUUUGUUCCCUGCCACUGCUUGGGACCUGGUGAUGCAAUGGCCCGGCCUUGCCCCUGGUCAAUUUUCUAUCCUGCGGGUUGCACACAGAACCAGUGAAAAUGAAUUCGACCACAAUGUCCAGCUUGAGAUGCAUCCUCCCGUUUUCAAUAUAUAUCGUCUUUGGUCGGCCCACAGUCCUCUGCCGAUCAAGCAGAUCCUGAAGAGCACGCAGCCACCACCUCCGCGUUUGGCCCGGAGUCGCACAUCGACCUGGAAAGCAUUCCUUGCGCAAUGCAAGCAACAAGCCAACAUAGAUUUGUCCCAAAAAGUUCGGGUAUGGAGGGUGCCACGCAAGCUGCCUGCUAGCGGCUCUGCUGCUGGUCCGGCGCCGACACCACCUGCGUCACCCCCGGCUCAAGAUUCCGACAGCCCCGAAGAUUCAUGGCCGCACAUGCUUCUCGAUGUCGCCAGCUUCACCGCACUGGAUGACCCUGCUGAUCGUGAAAAGGUUGAUUUUAGAGACGUUACUGUCGAUCUGAACUACAAUGGCCACGUGACCUUGGAAAAAUUGAGCUUGUCUACUGACCAGGCUAUCGUCCUGGAUGAGCAGAUAUCCGGCACUAACUUCGUCUCUACGUUUACUCCAUCUCAAGCUGCCUCAGUAAGCCUUCCAGCUACGCGAGCCAGUUCAACUAGUUUAGUUGUCAACCGUGCCACUAGGAGUGGUAGAACCAGUCCCGCACCCUCAGGACCCCUAACUCGUGGCAGAACACAGAAAUCCGGAAGGACUAUCGGGUGCACAGGCUUGAGCAACCUCGGCAAUACUUGUUACAUGAACUCUGCACUGCAAUGUGUGCGCAGUGUUGAAGAGCUCACCAAGUACUUUUUAUCCGAAAAAUGGAGGCAGGAGGUCAAUCGUGAGAAUGUUCUGGGACACAAUGGCGACGUAGCUCAAGCGUAUGCCUUAUUACUUAAGGAGAUUUACAAGGAACCUCCGCCCAGCUCCGUUACUCCUCGGCAUUUCAAGAGUACAUUAGGCCGUUAUGCACCUGCGUUCUCUGGAUACGGCCAACAAGAUUCACAGGAGUUCGUUGGGUUUCUGUUAGACGGGUUACAGGAAGAUCUCAGCCGCGUGAAGAAGAAGCCAUACAUCGAGAAGCCUGAUUCUACGGACGAGAUGAUCGGUGAUCCAAACGCUAUUCGUGAAAUGGCAGAGCAGGUCUGGGACAUAACAAAGCGCCGAGAUGACUCUGUUGUCGCAGAUCUCUUUACCGGUCUCUAUAAGUCGACUUUGGUAUGCCCAGACCCUAGCUGUGGGAAGAUUAGCAUCACCUUUGACCCCUUCAACAGCCUGACUCUACCUAUGCCAAUUGAGAACAAGUGGUCACACACCAUCAAAUUCUUCCCUCUCAACGAUAAACCUAUCGACAUCCGGGUUGAGUUAGACAAGUCCUCUUCCAUCAAGAAGUUGAAGGAAUUCAUCAGUAGCCGAACCGGCGUUCCCGUCGAACGUAUUCAUGGCGGUGAAGAGUGGAAGAACAAAUUCUACAAGCAAUACGCCAAUGGUGCGUGUGCUUCCGAAGAAAUCGGCAACAACGACAAUGGCUGGUUCUAUGAGUUGGAAGCUGCACCAACAAACUGGAAUUCGGCAGAGUCGAGAAAGUUUGAGGCCGGUACGAAAGGCCGUCGUUCCCUCCUUGAGGAAGCCGAAGACCCCGGUGCCGAAGUCUAUGAUGCUAUGCUUGUCCCGGUCAUGCAUCGAGUGACUGCAGACACUCCAUAUGGUGGCAAACGGCGGCAAAUAACUCUUGCGCCCCACUUCAUCGUGGUCAACCCGGACGAGUCUCGUAACGAGGAUGUCAUUCGUCGCAAAAUCUUGCAAAAAGUUGCGACCUUGACCAAGCAUGAAUUCUUCGCUCGCCGAGAUGAUACUGAUUCAUCAGACUCGACAGAGUUUGCCAACGACUCUAGUUCUAGCGAAGGUAAGGUUGUUGCGCAAUCUGUACAGGGUGAAGAUGAUAUGAUUGAUAUCACCAUGAGAGAUGUCGGCGACUCUAAAUCAACCCCUGGUGGGGAUACCAACCCUCCCGUUGGACACAACUUCAAUCAAACGCCACCGUUGUGGGUGGAUCCUAAGGAGUACUUGCCUGCGAAGCUUCAGAACAUUUUCGAGCUGUGCUACUUCCAAGAAGGCGGCUCCUUACUGGUCAGCGGAUUCAAUACGCUGAACGAGUCGACGGAAUACCCGACUCUUUCAUCAAGAGCACCUGACACCACUGGCUCAGACGAUGGCGCCGAAAGUGAAACCAACGGCACAGCGUCGAAUGACGAAGACAGCUUGGAUGAGUUGUCACAGCCAAGCGCAGAUAUGCCCUCAACGCGGAUGACGGAAGAGGAAGAAAGCGAAGAAGACGAAGCCCCUGUUGUUAAGCUCAACACAAAGCCGCCUAACGGACAGAAAAAGAUGAAGCCGCAUAAGAAGUACGGAAAGAAGGGCAACAAACGAGCCCAAAGACAAGCGGUGGCGGCGGCCAGGAAACAGCAAGUGCACAAAGAACGCAUCGAGGCCAAUUCGCCGACAGAGACUGUGGACUCUGGCAUCGAUGGGGGACCGCUCAUUCGUCUUCGGGAGGCGAUUGUUGUUGACUGGAGCGAAAAGGCUUAUGAAGCCUUGUUUGGCGAUUUGAUGGGAACGUGGGCCUCGUGCGAGACCAUGCCUGACCCAGUGCUUGACAAGGCUGUUCAGUUCCGUGCCAGACGAAAGAAGAACGGUGUCAGUCUAGAAGACUGUCUUGACGAAUUCGAGCGCGAAGAGGUGCUGUCUGAAAACGACACGUGGUACUGUCCUCGUUGCAAGCAACAUCAGCGAGCAUCCAAGAAGUUCGACUUAUGGAAGACACCUGACAUCUUAGUCAUGCAUCUCAAGAGAUUUAGCUCUAGCGGAUGGAGAAGGGAGAAGCUCGACAUACUGGUUGACUUUCCCAUUGAGGGACUGGAUCUUACUAAGCGCGUGUUGCAAAAGGAAACAGGCAAAACUGAGGUAUACGAUCUGAUCGGUGUCGACUGUCAUUGGGGAGGCUUGGGAGGAGGCCAUUACACUGCUCAUGCCAAGAACUUUGUUGAUGGCCAAUGGUACUCCUACAACGACUCUUCCGUGUCCAAGGCAAGCCCGGAGAAGAUUGUGGAUACCUCAGCAUACCUGCUUUUCUACCGUCGGCGCUCAGAUGUACCUCUCGGAGGCCCGAUCCUUCAGGAGUGCGUCGAGGUGUACGACAACCCUGAUUACGACGAGAAUAUUGCCGACGCGGGGGAAGGGCGGCGACUCGACGAGGGCUCCUCCCCAACUGGGUCGUCGAGCGCAUUCCAGGAGCAAGGGCCAGAAGCUACUCACCAUCGUCAACAAGGAGCACGUGGUGCGAGCAGCGAUGAUGGGAUGGCGCACUUGACCAGCGCGACUUACAGUGAGGGCAAUCAGACACUCCGCCGGAGCAUUGAAGAAGAUGAAGGCAUCGACAUGACUGAGAAUCCUACGCAUACCGCCACUAAUGCCUAUCAGCAGACGUGGGAUUUCAACAUGUUGACUGCCCAGAAUAUGGCACAGGGUAACGGAGUGCCUGGUAGUCCUCCGGGUUCCGGCGCAGCAACCGAUGAAGCACAGCAUGAUUCCUCCGGCGACGAAGUCUUCAGUCCACAAGGUGGUCUUGAUCCGGACACGGAUAUGGAUAAUGUCCCCGGUUUGAAUCAAAUCGAAUUAAACAAACCUUCUGAUCCGCCAGCGUAUGGUGAAGGAGUCCCACCACCUGACUACAGAGGAGAGAUUUCACGGGACGACAUGUCUCAGUUCUGGAAUGCUAAGCAGAGUGUACACGAAGUCGUUGAUAAGGGCGAGGAUCAGAAGUCUGAUGAGGCUGUUGAAAUUCGUCUUGAGGACGAAGAAGAGAAGGGCAAGCAGGUGUAG